AGACAGAGGACUGCACACAGCCUGCUUCCUAGUCUCAGACCCUGGUAACCUGGUGAUCACAAACUCUUAUUUUGCCUUGUGUCUCAAAGGAAACUCUGAACUUGGACUUUUGAGCAACAUAGAACAGAUAAAACUUUUGGGACCAUGGACAUUGAAGAAUAUUUUGAAAGAAUUGGCUAUAAGAACUCCAGGAACAAACUGGACUUGGAAACAUUAACUGACAUUCUUCAGUACCAGAUCCAAGCUGUCCCCUUUGAGAACCUUAACAUCCAUUGUGGGGAGUCUAUGGAGCUGGACUUGAAGACCGUUUUUGAUCAAGUUGUGAGGAGGAAGCGGGGUGGGUGGUGUCUCCAGGUCAAUCAUCUUCUAUACUGGGCUCUGACCACAAUGGGUUUUCAGACCACCAUGUUGGGAGGAUAUGUUUAUAUCACUCCAGUAAACAAAUACAGCAAUGGUAUGGUUCACCUUCUACUGCAAGUGACUAUCAGUGGUAAGAACUAUAUCGUUGAUGCUGCAUAUGGAUUCUCCUACCAGAUGUGGCAGCCCCUGGAAUUAAUUUCUGGGAAGGAUCAGUCUCAGUUUCCAGGCAUCUUCCGCUUGACAGAGGAGAAAGGCAUCUGGUACCUGGACCAAAUCAGAAGAGAACAACACAUUCCAAACCAAGAAUUUCUUAAUUCUGACCUCCUCGAGAAGAAUAAAUACCGAAAAAUCUACUCCUUUACUCUUGAACCUCGAACAAUUGAAGAUUUUGAGACCAUGAAUACAUACCUUCAGACAUCUCCAGCAUCUGUGUUUACAAGCACAUCACUUUGUUCCUUGCAGACACUAGAAGGUGUUCACUGUUUAAUGGGCCUCACCCUCACCUACAGGAGAUUCAAUUAUAAGGACAACAUGGACCUGGUGGAGUUUAAGACUCUGAAGGAGGAAGAAGUGGCAGAAGUAUUGAAAACAAUAUUUAAUAUUUCCUUAGAAGGAAAAGUAGUACCCAAACAUGGUGAUCAAUCAUUUACUAUUUAGGAUAAGAAUCAAAAAUUGCUUUUUGUUUUCACUAGAGGUACUUAAUUCUUUAAUAUAUUCUUUCCAAACAUAUGCAACAGUUUAUAUAAUAAACUUAUAAGCCCUUUUGUGUUCAUCACCCAGAUAACACCAAUGUUCCACUAAUGAGCUAUCCUACCACUGUCCCCUUACAUUAUUUGAAGAAAAGAGCAGACAUAUAAUUUUCCCAUAAAAAAAGACAGUAUAUAUACUUACUUUUUUAAAAAGCCACACAUCUUUUCAAAAUUAAUCAUGCUAAAGUAUUUUAAUAACAACAUGGUUAUAUUGGGAACCAUUCUGAUGUGAGCUAGAAACAUCAUCCACAUUGAUUUAUUAUCGAAUUCAUAGAUAAUUUCACUGAUAGUAAAGAGAAUAGUGAGAAAAUCAUUUCCAUUAAUUUCAACUAUCAUAUAUCUAAUGACCAAUUUUCACAAAAUACCAGCUAUAUAAUUUAGAAGUGGAAUGCAACGAAGGAACGUGAGACAUUAUUGAUUCCAAAAAUCCUAAUAGCCCUCAAGAGAAGACUUGAACCAAUAUGUAGGAAUAUGUGAUUUCGUACCCAGAGGAUGACAUAGCUAAUAAUUUCUUCCAGGUUUC